UAAUACCUAACGCAAUUUUAUCUCCGGAAUUCUCUUUAGAGACUUCGCUAAGGACUAUGCAUCGUUUCCAUGGUGGCAUCGUCGUUUUACUCAGCGUCAUAUUACAGCUGUCAAUCAUACAUCCGGACAAAGCAUGCAAUGUGCAACUCCCUCCUUUUGGGCCACGUCUAUUGCGAGCGAAAGCUAUGUUCGGAGAUGUUGCGCGGUCGUGCGCAAAAGAGAUACUAGCGUACAUGAAGAAUAUUCGAUCAGACAUGGUACGAAAGCUUAUCGCCCUCACCUGCAACCACUACAACUCAUGCAGGCACACAGCCCUGGAUGGUAACGUUCAGCCGGUUCUCGAAUGCUUUAUCACCGGAUUUGAUAAUAAGAGUUCACUCUUUUACAAACAUGUCAACGUUACUGAUGCCCUCCGUGUUACUACAGAGAAACUAGCAAACUGCACAUGGAAGACUAGCUUUUCUUCAAGAACAAUUACGGUCCAAGCCUUGGAUGAUUUUUUUACCGUAUCAAGACAAGGCAUACUGUCAUAUGGCUGGAAUUGAAAUCAGUCUCCAAGAUUUCAACCAUGACAGACUUGGCCUGCGUUCAACCUCUCUACGCCAAGGAGUGGUUUUCAUCCCAUGACCCUCUAUGUUGGUUGACUCGACGUGUCCUGACAAGGCCCUCUACCCGGGAUUAAGGGAGAAAGGGGCUGCCCGGAUUGUGGAGGGUAUGAGGAAGCCAGCGAGCCACCAUGUACAGACACAGCUUCUGUGAACGUUGCUGUAUUUUUUGUCUUGGAGCACAACGCUCACCCAUAAUGAUGUAUUAAACUUCGCUCAUUUUUUU